AUGUCUGCGGUAGCUUCUUCUAGCUCGCAAGGCAAGGACCUUCGCCCUAUCAUCCUGGUGACGGGUGCCAACGCCGGUGUUGGCUUCGGCAUCUGUCAGAGACUGAUCGUCCAGCUCUCGUCUCCCACCCCUACCGAUACUCUUCCUGUGCAUCCAACGACGAUCAAGGACCCAUCAAUCCAGCCCUCGCCGACGCCGUUCGCCGCGGCAAAUGGGUGCACCAUCGUCCUCGCGUGUCGCAAUCCUAUCAAGGCUCACAAGGCGAGGCAACAGCUCAAACAGCUGCUCAAAUGGAUCGAAAACCUUCCGGAACACGAGGAUACCCCGACAGGCCCUCCAGAGAGCUGGGCCUACGCUUUUGAUGACACUUCGAAGGAUGACAAGCUGACCGACCCCGAGUCGGAGCAAGACAUUCGCGACACGCCGCACGAGGACGCCGACCCUGCCCUCGUAGCGCAUGCUCAGGAAAACAAUGUGAGACGCAGGAGGAAUCAGCGACAAGCGGCUGCAAACGGCGAAGACGACAAGCAUGCUUCGGCCACGCAGGAUGGAUCUGAGGAUGCGAAGGGAGACACGUCCGACUCCGAUGACUCGCCUGAUCUCGAUGCCAGCCUGGAGCAGCGAACCAAGCGAGCCAACGCAAGCUAUCGACGUCGCUUCUGUCAAGGCACGCGCAUCGAAUUUGUUCCGCUCGAUCUCGGGAGCAUGGGGAGCGCGCUCGAAUGUGCCCGCAUGGUGCGCGAAAGAUACACACACGUCACACACGUGGUGCUCAACGCUGGCUCGUCGGCUUGGAUCGGCAUGAACUGGCUGCACGCCAUGUGGAUGAUGAUGACUCAGUACCGCUAUGCCGUCACGUGGCCUGCCUACAAGAUGCAGCGCGUUGGCGACAAGAGCGACGACAAUUUUGGCUGGGUCUGGCAGUGCAACGUCGGCGCGCAUUGGAUCCUGGUGCGAGCCCUGCUACCUUCCUUGCGCGCGACACCGUAUUCGACCCCUUCGCGCAUCAUCUGGACCAGCUCCGUGGAGGCGUUCUCCAAGUAUUACGAUGUCAACGACUACGAGUGUCUCGACGUCUCACGGGCGCCGCUACCGUACGAAUCGGUCAAGUAUCAGUGCGAGCUAGCAGCUUUCGGGUUGGAUGAUGCGCUUCAGACCCGUCGGAUGCGCACGCAGCCGGGUACGCCGAUGGAGGAGCGACCCUCUUUCCUCGGCAUGUCACCUGUUGACCGCGGCACGAACAUGCUUCGCUCCGCCUCGUCGGCAAGCGGCACCGCUCCGCACGGCUUCCUUGGUCUGCCACCUGCAUCGCGCGCCGUGCCAGGUCAGCCGGAACCACGCAGCUUCCUCGCGCAUCCAGGCGUCGUAGCGUCCACCAUGAUGUCGCAAUUUGUCGCGACGUGGAUGACGUUCUUUGUCAUCAUGAGCUUCUACAUUGCGCGGUGGGUGGGGUCGCCACACCACCCGAUCGAUCCCUUCAAGGGUGCGGUCUCGGUCAGCCAUGCUUGCUUGGCACCGCAGCCGGACCCCAAGAAGCGCUACGGCAGUCGCACCGACUUUUGGGGUCGCGAGUACGUGGGGAUUGAGAACAUCGAAUACUACCGCUCGCAGCUGGGCGGUGCUGGUCCCGGUGUGGGCGCUCGGUUGGCCCUUGCUGGUAUUGAUCCUGCAACAGUGCAAGGAGACCCGAAGGAGAGCGGCCGGGUGCUGAGUAUGGCGCGCGAGUACGUGGGGCAGUGCGAGAGGAUGGCACGCGGCGUCUGGCGAAGUGCGCGCAAGGGCGAUCUGCCCCCCUGGAGCUCGUUGGCAGGUGACGAGUUCGUGGUGCAGGAGCACGAACAUCAGAUUGCGCUGGAGGAGGACGGCAUGCAGGAGGGGUUGGAUACGGAAGAUGCACGACCACCGGCGUAUUCGGAGGAAGACAAGCCUGCGAUCACGGUCAAGACUUCGACGGUGCCCGGCAGCAGCGGCGGCUCGACCGAAGAUGCCGAGUGGGAGAAGGUGCAGUAG